AUGGUUGUCUGCGCCGCUGCUUGUGGUAAACCUCUAGGGGCGACAGGUGUCGCUAAGUGCGGCUGCGGCUUAUCUUACCAUAAAGCUUGUGUGGGCAUGGGUCAAAAUGCGCGCGUCGCGAGUACUUGGGCAUGCCCGGCGUGCAAAGCGACGACCCCCCGGCGUGACAACUCCGACAAUACGCCGGUGAAGCCGGGUGGGGCCGUCGAGGACGAUGCGCCGUUGGAUCAACAGCUUGACAUCGCCGAACAGCUGCGCUUGCUUCGCGCGGACUUCGGCUCUGUGCACGACGAAGUUGUGGGCCUGCGCCAGGAGGUGCAGCGCUUCCACGAUCUACUCAGUGGUCUCACUGGCCGUCUGGUUGUCCUGGAGGAGAAGGUCAGGCGCUUGGAGGAGCGGCCCGUGGUACCCAUCGACGGCGGGCCAGAAGACAGUUCGCCGUCGGGAGCAACGGUGGAGCUGCAGCAGACGGUGGCACGCCUUCAGCUGGAGCUGAACGACCGCGACCAAGACGCGUUGCUCUCCGACCUCGACAUUGGCCACGUUCCAGAGACGAAGGGUGAGAACGUGGUCCACACCAUCACCGUUCUCGCGGCCAAGUUAGGUGUCACCUUGGAGCAGCGUGACGUCGUGUUCGCCGAGCGAGUCGGUGCGGUGGAUCGGGGCGAGGAAGGGGCCAAUACUGAGGCCGGAGGUCGGCCGCGUCGCGUCGUCGUUAGGCUGGCGCGGCGACAGCUGCGGGACGAACUGCUGCAGGCCGCCCGGGUGCGGCGAAAUUUCACCUUCUCCGAUGAGAACCAGCCGGGCCCCCCGCGUCGCGUCUUUGUCAAUGAGCGCCUGACACGCACGAACCGCCAGUUGUUCCACAAAGUUCGUGAGCUGUGUAGGCAGCAGCAGUGGAGGUUCUCGUGGACAAGGCGAGGCAGAAUUUAUGCCCGACAAGGUGAAGGAAAAUCGGCUUUCCCCAUUCGCUCUGAAGCUGACUUGGUGCGUGUUUUUGGAGCAAGCUCCGUCUGA